GAAGUUCACACAGACAGACAGACAGACAGACAGACAGAGAAGGCAGCGGUAAGAAACACCCGGAGCAGGGAAGCCAUAAGAGUCAGGACAGCACCGCCCCACGCGUGACCCUUGGUGGGGGAUAUGCAGUCUGAUGAUUUGGUGCUGGGUCUGAUACAAUAACCCGAUGAUGUACUGGUGUGUUGGUACUGAAGCAUGUGCUGGGAGCCGCGGUGGAAGCAUGGAUUCUCACAAUGGCUCUGCAGGUAUGGGAAACAAGCAGGCCAUGCCAGCAGAGCUUACCAUCAACCAGAGCCCGGUGGUAGCGGAGAUCCAGGACGCGUACUGUGAUGGGGAGAGAGACAAAGCACGUGAUCUGGUGAAGAAGGCUUGUGAUGAAAGUAUUCAGAAGCAUGAGAAGUACCAGCUUUUGAGAAUCACAGCUGCAUACGGAGAUCUGCCGUCAGUCCGCUUUCUGCUCCAGGAAGCCCAAAUGGUUUUACCCACUGAACCGAGUGAUGACAAUCCAGCUGUAAUGGCUGCACAUUUUGGCCAUGUAGACGCCGUAACACUGUUACUGGAUUCACUGCCAGAUGUCUUGAGUCACAAGCCGCUGCUGAACUGGAUGCUGGUUACCGCCUGUGAGCAGGGCCACAUGGGCCUUGUCAAACUCCUUGUUCUUACGUAUUGUGCUGAUCCAGACUGCUAUGCUUUAAGAAAUAAUGAAUUCCCAGUUCUGAAGAAACUACCUCUCUAUGCCACCAUUAUGGCAGGACAUGAAGAUAUCGCAGAGUUUCUGCUUCAGAAUGGAGCUGGCUUCUGUUCCUACAUCUUGAUGGACAGCCCAGAGACGACUAAACGUCUGCUGAGAAGAAAGAUUAUGGAAUCGUCGGAGACGCGACAGCAGAUGGCUCCAGAAUCGAGUGUCUGUGUAAAGUGGUCAAGUUUGCGGUUGCCCUGGGUGGACCUAGAUUGGUUCAUAGACAUCUCCUGUCAGAUAGUGGAGCUGGAUAUCUCCACAAACUGUUUGGUUUCUCUCCCUUCUGUGGUUCCAUGGGGUCUCCUGAACCUGCAGAAGCUCAAUCUAAGUGACAACCAGCUGUGUGAUUUGCCCAGUGUGCAGAGCUCUGAAGAAAUCAUCUGUUCCAGGUUGCUUGAAGUCGAUGUUUCCAACAAUAAACUGACCUGUCUUCCUCCUGGAUUUCUUCAUCUGAGUAGACUUCAGAAGCUCUGUGCAUCCAGAAACUACAUGGUCAAUCUUUUUAAAGAAGAUGGUGCCAACUGGAUUGGUCUGCGGAGAUUACAGGAGUUGGAUGUCUCUGAUAACAGAAUCUCUGAGCUCCCCAUCUCUGUCUUCCACUGCUUCAAAUCCCUGAGACGUCUAAAUGUGUCCAGAAACAAACUCAAAGUGUUUCCAGAGCCUUGGGCCUGCCCCCUUAAAAUAUGCAAAGCUUCGAAUAAUGCAAUUGAAAACCUUCCUGAAAAUCUCUCUCUUUUCUGGAGAAACCACCUGCUUGAAGUUGAUUUUUCAGACAAUACCUUGAAGGAUGUCCCCAAGUCUCUUUUCCAGUUGGAGGCCUUACAAAGUUUGAAGCUAUCUGGAAACCAGCUGACCGCACUGCCACCCGUGGACUCCUGGUGCUGUACGCAUCUUAAGUGUCUGGAUCUGUCCAGGAACCAACUAGGAAGAAACGAGGAUGGCGUGAGAACGAGACGAAUGCCUUUUUUCGCUACGAAAAGCCGAACUAGAGCUGGGACAGAAGCAGGGUAUUGUCUGGAGUUCCCCCUGUGCCUGAGUGAUUCCCUGGAGGUUCUGUACUUGAAUGAUAAUCAGCUGGAAUCUGUUCCAUAUUCUGUGUGCUACUUGAAGAGCCUCACUGAACUGUACCUUGGGAGUAACCCUGGCAUUAGAGAGCUACCAGCAGAGCUUGGGCAGUUGGCAUCACUUUGGCAGUUGGACCUGGAGGAUCUGAACAUCACAAAUGUGCCUGUAGAGAUCCGAAAAGAAGGACCGGUUACUAUCCUGGCUUUCCUGCGGGCCCAGCUGAGAAAAGCAGAACGAUGCCGGUUGGUGAAGAUGAUGAUUGUAGGACCCCCACGCCAAGGGAAAUCCAGCUUGUUUGAGGUUCUGCAGACAGGGAAAGUUUGUCAGCAGAUGCAGGGAGAUAACACUCUCCGAACUACCCGCUGGGAGCUGCAGAAACCUGUAGGGAUCAGAGCGAAGGUUGACUCUGUACAGUUCCACGUGUGGGAUAUCGGAGGUUCCUCUGCUAUGUCGGCUGUAAACCAGUGCUUCUUCACUGACAAGGCCCUUUAUGUGGUUGUGUGGAACCUUGCUCUGGGAGAAGAGGCUGUUGCUAACCUCCAGUUCUGGCUGUUGAAUAUUGAGGCCAAAGCUCCCAAUGCUGCCGUUUUGGUAGUAGGGACACAUCUGGACUUCAUAGAGACCAAGUUCAGGUUGGAGCGCAUUGCUACUCUCCGCGCUUACGUAUUGGCUCUGUGCCGAUCCCCGUCAGGGUCUCGAGCCACUGGAUUCCCAGAUAUCACAAUUAAACACUUACAUGAACUCUCGUGCAAGACUUUGGAGGGGCUGGACAGUCUACGACAGCUAAUAUUCCAAGCCGCGUGCAAUAUGAAAGAUGUGGGCAGCACUAUAGGGUCCCAGAAACUUGUAGGACGGCUAAUCCCAAGAAGCUACCUCAACCUUCAGGAGGCAGUGCUUGCACAGCAACAGAGCAGAGCUCAGGAGGACCAAGUUCAGUAUCUGACGGAUGAGCAGAUAGAGCAGAUCAUUGAACAGAAUCCGGGAAACGACAUCCGAGAUUAUGAGGACAUGCAGACAGCCAUUGGGUUUCUGAUAGAGACGGGUACGCUGCUUCACUUCCCAGACACCAGCCAUGGGCUGCGCAACCUGUAUUUCCUGGACCCGGUCUGGCUGUCUGAGUGCUUGGAGAGGAUCAUUAACAUAAAGAGCUCCAAGUCUGUGGCCAGGAACGGAGUCAUCAAAGCGGAGGAUCUACGGAUGCUUCUGGUUGGGACCGGGUUCACCAGGCAGACGGAGGAGCAGUACUUCCAGUUCCUGGCAAAAUUUGAGAUCGCUCUUCCAGUUGCCAGUAACAGUUAUCUCUUACCCCACCUCCUGCCAAGCAAACCAGGCCUGGAUAUCCACUGCUUACGGCAGCUUACUGGCAACACUGUCCAGCGGGUGUUUAAGAUGAGCUUCGUCCCCGUUGGAUUCUGGCAAAGGUUCAUAGCGCGCAUGUUAAUAAGUCUGGCAGAAAUGGAUCUCCAGUUGUUUGAGAAUAAGAAGAACACAAAACCCAGGAACAGGAAGUCUGUAGUUUACAGUUUCACCGGCAAUCAGAGGAAUAGAUGCAGCACCUUCCGAGUGAAAAGGAACCAGACCAUCUACUGGCAGGAGGGCCUGAUGGUGACCUUUGAUGGUGGCUACCUCAGUGUGGAGUCUUCUGACAUUAACUGGAAGAAAAAGAAGAGUGGCGGGAUAAAGAUUAUUUGCCAAUCAGAAAUGAGAGAUUUUUCCGCCAUGGCAUUUAUCACAGACCACGUGAACUCUCUCAUAGACCAGUGGUUUCCAGCUCUCACGGCCACCGAAAGCGACGGUACCCUGCUGAUGGAGCAGUAUGUUCUUUGCCACUGUUGCACGGCACUGAUGAGGAAACAGGAGGGCGAACAAGAAGAGGGAGACCCUAAUUACUUUAAUAUGGAGGACUGCGUCCUUGCUGCUGUGGACAAGGAUUACGUGGAGUGUCCUAAUCACCCGGAGGUCUCGGUGCCCCUUCAGGAACUAGUUCCAGAGAUUUUUAUGACUGAUUUCCCUUUGAGAUUGUUUCUCGACAUUGUGGACUUGGAGUAUUUAGAAGACAAUUCCAACAUACUGGGUCAAGGUGGAAGCGGCACAAUCAUCUACCGCGCUGUAUACAAGAAAAAGCCAGUGGCUGUAAAGAUGUUCCAAAUUAAAAAGUAUCGGACAUCUGCAGAGAUCACCAAAGACACCAUGUUCAAGCACCUACAGGCUAUGGAUGUGAUGAGAAACUUCUGUGAGUUCCGUCAGGAAGCCAGCAUGCUCCACUCCUUGCAGCACCCUUGCAUCGUAUCGCUGAUUGGGAUCAGCAUACACCCUCUGUGCUUCGCCCUGGAGCUGGCACCUCUGGGGAGUCUCAAUACGGUCCUCACGGAAAAAAAACAAGCGCCUCCUGCAUUCAUGCCUCUUGGACACAUGCUUACACAGCGCAUUUCGUAUCAGAUUGCCUCUGGACUAUCGUACCUGCACAAAAAGAACAUCAUAUUCUGUGACUUGAAGUCUGAUAAUAUCUUAGUUUGGUCCUUGGAUGUAAGGGAUGCUGUGAACAUUAAAUUGUCGGACUAUGGUAUCUCACGACUCUCUUUCCACGAGGGUGCGCUUGGAGUGGAGGGCACUCCGGGGUAUCAAGCACCUGAAAUUCGACCACGUGUGGUCUAUGAUGAAAAGGUGGACAUGUUUUCCUAUGGGAUGGUUAUCUAUGAGCUUCUAUCAGGCCAGCGCCCAUCAUUGGGUCAACACCAGCUUCAGAUCUCCAAAAAACUGUCUAAGGGAAUCCGGCCGGUGCUGGGACGACCAGAGGAAGUUCAGUUCCACCGGCUGCAGGAGUUGAUGAUGGAGUGUUGGGACACCAAGCCUGAGAAGCGUCCUCUGGCUGCAUCAGUCGUACGGCGGAUGAAUGACCCCAGCUUUACAGUUUUCAAGUACCAGCUACUGUUAGGAGCACAGGAGACAUUCUGCUCAUCCCGAGAGCUGGAAAGUACUGUUGUGUUCUGGGUAGGAACAGAAUUAACAAGAAAUUACACAGUGGUUGAUGUUGAGAAAGGCUCAGUGGAGGUCCGAGCGUUGAGCUGCCCUGGGAUGAGAAUGUGCAGUCAAGUGAAAGUACAGAAUAGCUUGUGGAUCUCAACUGAGGAUCAGAAAAUAUCCAUUUACAGUCUACAGGGCAUGUGUCCUUUGAGUGCUCCACAAAAGGUUCUUGACACGCCAGCCAUCGUUACCUGUUUUCUGGCAGUGACUAUGGCAAAGAACUCCUGUUUGGUGUUCGCUGGGAUGUCAGACAGUUUGGUCGCCGUGUUCCCAGUGAAUAAUGGUAUUCCCACAGGUGACUGUUCUUACAUAUGUUCACGAACAGCCAACCGAUCAAUGUUCAAGAUAGGAGAUGAAGAUCCUAGGCAAAAUCCAUAUCCAGUAUUAGCAAUGGAGAUCUCAAAUGGUGGCUCCGAGGUGUGGUACAGCAAUGGCCCAGGUAUCUUGGUGGUGGACUGCACAGCAUUAGAGGUGUCAAAGCGACUUGAUCCCUACAAUGCACCAUCUUCUAUUGUCUCCAUGACCACCAGCAUGGACUGUAAUAAGGAGGAGACAGUUUGGUGUUUAGAUGAUAAGACAAACUCAUUGGUCAUGUACCAUGCUGGAAGCUACCAGGUGUGUGCAAGGUACUUUUGUGGUGACUGCAGUCCAUUGAGGGAUAUGUUUACAGUGAAAUCUUUAUCUGAAUUGGCUCCAAUCACAUUACCUGUGACAAAUAGCCAGUGCCCAGCGCACACCAGUAUUAUAUACAGCCACGAGCGAGGAACGCAGCUCAUCAGCCACCAAGAUUCUGUCACGGAUUAUUGCUCAGUGUCCUCCUUAUCCAGCUCUUCUAUACCUCAGGGAGGUGGCAGGUCCUCCUGCAGCCUUCCCAGCACGCCAGUCAGCUACACUAGUGUCCCUUUCUCCACGGACAGUGAAGACCCCGACGCGUCUCGAGAACAAAGACCCAGAAUUCCUAGCGAAAGCUGGAGCAGCAAAGCACCCCCGUCAGAGGAGGAGAAAUUCUGUGUGCAGGCAGUCAAGGUUCUGGCUGUGAAAGAUUUGAUUUGGGUUCCGAGGCGUGGAGGUGACAUUGUCAUCAUAGGCCUGGAGAAAGAAUCCGGGGGGCAGAGAGGACGCGUCUUGGCAGUGCUACGGGCUAAAGGGCUGGAGAAUGAUGGCAUUUUUCUUGAAGCUGCUGCAGUGUGCAAGGAUUCAGUUGUGUGUUGCUUGCAGAGUCAGACUUUGGGAUGGUGUCUGACAGUCUGGAGAAAUUGGGGGGCAGCAGAAUUUGACAUCUUCUAUCACUCAUCAGAUGAACUGAGACGGCUGGAAACCUGCAUGCGAAAGAGGAGGUAGCACAUGGCCUGCUUGGUGAUUUCUCCUCUCGCAAUGACCCUUUGUUUUGCUGCAUCUGAGAUCCUGCCAGAAUUCUGAGGCUAUUUGCCGAGAACAAAAUAGGGGCAUCAAAAGUGAUACCGUCAUAAAAAGAAAA